AUGACACGCCUUUGCUUUGCCCUCCUCGCCAUCUUGACCGUUGCCACGGCCUUCACAACCCCCGCUCCAUUGAAGUCGGUCGCCCACAGCAAGCCCCUUUUCAUGUUUUCGGCAGAAGAUGGCAAAGCCAGUGCGGAAAAGAGCAAAGGACUCUCAGAGGUUGCUCCCGGUGAAUCAGCCGAUGCCCUGCAAGAAACAACCGCUAUGGAAGCUACCUCGAUAGAAGAACUUGCAUCCACUCCUCAGAAAGAGACCAUGAUGGUCAAAAACCGCAACACUGGAGAAAUGAUGGAAGUUGAAGUGAAUGAAUCUUAUCUGGCAAACGCCAAACUUGAAUUGAACUGGUGGGCAUGGGGUUUAUUUGUCGCUCUUCCUUUUAUCCUCUUGGCCAAUGAUGUCUUGCAUUUCAUCCCCGCCGAUGGUCCUUUGAAAGCGUUCGUCAAGUACUAA